AUGGCGAACGAAAGUGACGCCGAUCUCCCACCGCACCUACUUCUUCCCAGCGAGUCCAAUGACUUCGGCUUCGCAGCUUCAUACACUUUGACCCGAGGUUUGCAAGUACCCUCCCGAAGUGGGACCUGCUCAUCUGGGUUCGAUUACCCAGAAGAUCUUAUGCAACACAACAUCACAAAAGAGCAAUGGAGUCAGUUUACACAAGUCAUUCGCGAUGAAGCCAAGCUUUCACGACAGCAAUGGACCACAGUCGUGGGCAAGGGUUUAGGAACCCUCGCCAUUGGCGGCUUGAUGAUUGGAUUCCUAGGUGCCAUCCCAGCAGUUCUCUUCGCGCGUCAUAUUCGCAAACGCAAAGAGCAGAAGAAUCUGAAAGAAGCGAUGACAGGUGCACGGGGUCAGCGUCUGGCUCAUCAUAUCUCUCACUGGAAUGAGACUUUCUUCCGGCCUCGAGGACUUUUGAUUCGGGUUGAUCUACCUAAUGAGUUGGUUCAGGAUAUGGAGGGUAUGGAUCUUCACUUGCAAGGUUCCAGCUCUCAAUCCCCUUCUAAAGCCCGUGAUGAAGCUGCUGUGAAGGCAAGAGUUGUUAUUAUUCCCCUGGAAGGAUCAAUUUCUGAAUCCAGACGUGCUUCAAGCAUAACUGCUAGAAGUGAAUGA